CUUAAGUCCGCCCCGUGCAUCACCCCAUUCGUUACAGUCUCGCUUCAUCGCAACCGUCUUGUCGCACUGGGGUAACUACCUCACAUUACACCUACGCCUGUGAAUCAGUGGCACAGAGAAAACAAUGUGAUAUAAAGGCCAACCCUCCUCCUCAUUCUAUCUCAACUCAAACCUUGACUCACCUUCAACACCAACAUCAUCAUGAUCGACAACAAAGAAAUCGUUCUCAUCACUGGUGCCAACACCGGCAUCGGCUUUGAGACUGUCAAAGCUCUUUUCGCUUCUUCCAAGCCUUACCAUAUUAUCCUCGGAAGCCGUGAUCCUGCCAAAGGAGAGAAGGCUGUCGCUGAAUUAGAGCGCGAAUGUCCUAGCUCCAAGAGCAGUUUGGACGUUGUUCAGAUUGACAUCACUGAUGAUGAAGCUAUCGAGAGGCUUUUCGAACAUGUGAAGGAAAAGUUUGGAAGAGUUGACAUUCUCGUUAACAACGCUGGCGCAAACUUUGAUGCUUUCAAUGAUGCCAGCGAUCCGAAGAAAGCUCGCGAGCUUUUCAACAAGUCCUACGAUGUCAACGUAUCAAGCACGCAAGUCAUGACUUCGGCUUUCGCUCCUCUCCUCAUUGCCUCGAAAUCCCCGCGCCUCCUCUUCUUGACCUCUGGCCUUGCGACCCUCGAAGGCGCACACAAGUCAUACCUAACCAAGCUCGCCGGCGACGUUCCCCGUGGCUGGCCCAAGGAGGGAAUCCGUACAGCUGUGGCUUAUCGAUCAUCCAAGACCGCGCUCAACAUGAUGAUGCUUUCAUGGCAUCAUCUUCUCAAGGGUGAUGGUGUCAAAGUCUGGUCAAUCAGUCCUGGCUUUUUGGCAACGAGCCUUGGAGGAAAGCCUGAAGUGCUGAAGAAGGCUGGAGCUGGUGAUCCAGCAACUGGUGCGGAGCUCAUCAAGAACGUUAUUGAGGGUAAGAGGGAUGAAGAUGUUGGAAAGGUUAUCGGACAGCCUGAAUGGGUCGGGGAGACUGGAAUCCAGGCAUGGUAGUCCUGUUCUGCUGGGAUGCCAUUACAAACAUGACUCGAAAUAGCAAGACCGAGCUAGCAAUUCUCUGCACAAUUCGGCGAAUUUUCACGUUGACGUGUAAAUUCUUUCAAUGACAGCAAUUAGCAAAGCCACAUUGAUGAUGUAUCUAUCGUCCGCCAUCAAAAGUCCCUACCACGGAACAAUCAUAGCGUUGGUCUUGGUGAUCCGAGCGCCCUAAAAGAAAUGAGAUGAAAAAAGAAACUUUCUGUUCGCUCCCUUGGCAGUUUAUGCGCUGAGAGUAUACGUCAUUGCAACUAUCCAGCUCAGCCUUUGUGUCAUUCGCUGGCAGUUUGUGGAGGGAUGUUCCAUGUAAGCGGAAGUUCAGUGACGGCGCAUUGCACAAGACCAGUUUCUAGAGUUGGAGAUGGGCCCUUGCUGGACAUGUGAUUAGAAUCAGGGUCGAAAGGGUUUAUUCUGAGAAUAGAAUAAAGAGGAAUAUGGAGGUGGCUUGGAUUACGAGAGAUGAGGAUGACCUAGAGACAGUGUGCAAAGUAAUUGAUACAGUAUUUAGC